UAGAAAAAAUAAGUAGAAAGAGAAACAAGAGUUUUAGAUUGAGAGAAAGCGAAGAGAAAUGGCGAUGUCAAUGGUGAGAUCCGGUUUUCAAUCUGCUCUUCGCAGAGGCGGACGUAGCAGCGUUCCAACCAAGAGGAACUUCUCGUCCUCAGCUCAUCACGAUGAUGCCCAUGAAGCGGCGAAAUGGGAAAAGAUUUCAUACGCUGGAAUUGUGGGUUGCACUGCUUUUGCUGUCUGGACUUUGUCAAAGGGUCAUCCCCAUGGGGAGGAGCAACCAGCAUAUCCUUACAUGCGCAUCCGAAACAAGGAGUUCCCAUGGGGUCCUGAUGGUCUCUUCGAGGUCAAAAGCCAUGAUCAUUAAUUUUUAGUAGAUAACUCUGGAUAUUAAACUUGUUAGUAAACUUCUCAUUGGGGGCGAACGACAUUGAAGCUUUCAAACAUUCUGUUGUUUUUUUGUUUGUUUCUUUUUUAUCUUAAUGCUCUUGCAAAUGCAAUAAAAAUGUGAUAAGAUAGUCUCAGUAUAUUUUAUCAACUCUUUUGUCAGUACAUUCAUUUGUUACCUGUA